UUUCUGGUCUAUGACUCUUCUCCUCCUCUAUCUUUCUGGUCUUUGACUCUUCUCCUCCUCUAUCUUUCUGGGAAAACCCAAUAUUUGUCUCUCCGCGUUCUUCUCCCUCUUUCCCUCUCCUAUCCUUCUUUCUAAUUCUGCAUGUUGGUUCUACUACUCUACCCCUGUCACUAUCACUUCUCUCCUCCUCCUCUUUGUCUCCUCCCACUUCCUCCAUGCAUGUGGACGUCUUUCUCUCCUUCUCUCUUGUUCCUCCUCUCUUAUUCUUCCCUGCUCCUUCUUUCCCCAUCCCUCUCUCCUAUUUUUCUCCUUCAGCAUGGAUGUUCAGAAUUUUCAUGGGAAGGAAUCAAUCUGUCUAUGGAAGACACCAUGUCCAUCCUGCCUCGUCUGAAGAGGAACAACUCCAAUAACUACGGGAUCGGUGCUCUAGCUAAGUCCUCACUGACAGGUGUGUCAGGUGUGAAUCGCUCCAUGAAGGACAAGGUGACCAAGCCUACGUCCAUGGCCCAGGGCCGGAUGGCACACAUGAUCGAGUGGCAGAACUGGGACAUGUCUGUGGUGGGCCCGGGGGGCGUCUCCGUCCCACGCAAGUCUACGGCAGAGCAGGAGAUGGAGAGACGGUUGGAGAGCGACGCCUACAGCGACCUCAGCGACGGGGAGAAGGAGGCUCGCUUCGCCGCAGGUAUCCUGCAGCAGUUUGCCAUCUCCCAGGCAACGCUCAUGGCCUGGACCUCCAUGGAUGGAGAGAGCCUGAGGUCAGGGUCCAACCAGGGCAGUGUGGCCCACCUUAGCGAAGUCAACCAGGAGAGCAUCACCAGCCGAGACCAGAUAUUGCACCACUCUUCUGCAGACAUGUGGCCCAACACCUAUGUCGCCCAGGGCCUCUACUGCCUCUCCUCCUCCGACGCCUGGGAGCCAAUCAGCAACGAGCCCUCCGGAGUGGCCUCUCCUGCUGCUGGCUCCUACGUGAUGCAGCAGGGCGGGACUUCCUGUGAUGGGUAUGAUGGGAACGUGUUGCAGCAGCAGCAGCAGCAGCAGCAACAGCAGCAGCAGUUCAACCUACAGCAGCAGAGUCAGCUCCAGCAGCUGCAGCAGCUGCAACAGAUACAGCACUACCAGCAACAGCAGCUCCUGUAUCAGCAACAACAGUCUCUGGAGCAAAGGCUGCACAGCGCCAACCACUCGUUGCAAGCCACACCCAACAGCACCAUCCACAGCCUGGCCCCUGCCACCCACGCCCCAUUGGUGGACCUGUGGGGGGCGGGGCAGACGGAGUCCUAUCACGCGGAUAUUGGAGGGUACAACAUAGGCGUGGCAGCGGUGGUGGAGGCGGCUCUGAGUGUUCCGUCUGGGGACGAGGGGGCGGGGACAGAACACUCCCCUCUGCUGGAGCAGCAGGAGGAGGAGGAGGAGGAGCUGAAGGACGAGGAGGUGACACUGUGCAUGGAGCCGGAGUCUGCCACUCUAACCCAGCCCACACAGCGAGACGAAGCCAUCGCCUCCGGGGGCAGUAGUCCGGGUCAACGUAGUCCGGGGCGCAGUAGUCCAGGGCGCAGUAGUCCGGGGCAACCACCAGCACAGCAAAUCACAGAUCGGAAGGCCUCUGAUGUCAGCUGUGGAGGCAUCCAGAUGCUGGAGGAGAAGGAUGAGAAGCAGGGGUCCGCUGUUGCUGCCAUGGCAACCAACUGAUUGACAGAUCGUCCUGAGAAGACGUGACAGGCGUCAGGAAUGACUGAUCCUAAUAAUGAAAUAUUUAUCAAUAAAUCUGUUCCUUUUCAGGUAUCAAACACAUUUCUGAUGGGAUAUAAACUCUUGUGACCACUGAAGAGGAGGAAGAUUUGGAAACGGACUCAUACAGUGACAACAGCUGGUCCAACGGAUAACCUUUUUUUGGAAGCAUUACAUCCCCGAGAGAAGGAGG